CGAGGAUGGAGCCGAGGAUGGAGCCGGGGCUGUAGGGAGGCUCACCGCGGCGGAUACAGCCGGUAUCUGGCGGCCUGAGAUUAAUCCAGUUAUCUUGUGUGAUGCACAGCAGAGCUGAUGGGAAUUGUAAAGGUCGAUAAUGUCAAAAACAUCUUAUAGAAGGAAGGUAACUUCUGCAAAGAUCACGGAUUGGGUUGAACCAUCAUUUGACGAUUUCUUUGGGAACACAAGCACCGUCUCUUCUUCAGGAGCCAUUAAAAGAAGUGUGAAGAACAAUAAUGAGUCUUUAUUAGAUAACAAAGCUCAUGGCAAGAAAAGAACAAAUCCUUCUUCCACAGCUUCUAGCUGUGAUCAACUUAAGCCGAGCUCAGACCAAUCACAGAAUGAGCCUUGGAUUGAUAAAUACAAACCCGAUACCCAGGCAGACCUUGCUGUGCAUAAGAAGAAAGUUGAAGAAGUUGAAUCCUGGUUGAACGUUCACAUUGAUCAGAAACCUCCAAAGCAGGGAGGUUCACUUCUGCUACUUACUGGACCUUCAGGCUGUGGAAAGACUGCAACGAUUCAGGUUUUAUCCAAGGAAAUGGGAAUUGAAAUCCAGGAAUGGAUCAAUCCAGUAAUGCAAGAGUUCAGACGUGAUGAGAAGCCAGAGGUGUUUGAUCGAGAAUUUGGAUUCCAGACAUUCACCAGUCAGUCUCAAUCCACUCUUUUUCAAGAUUUUCUUUUAAGAGCAAACAAAUACAACAAACUGCAGAUGGUUGGAGAAUCCUCCGGUAGAGAUAAGAAGAUCAUUAUUGUUGAUGACAUGCCCAACCAGUUUUACCGAGAUCCCACAAGCUUACAUGACAUUCUUCGGAGGUUUGUAAGAACUGGACGAUGCCCGCUGGUGUUUAUAAUCUCUGACAGCCUGAGUGGAGAAAGUCACCAGAGAAAAUUAUUCCCAAAAGAGAUUCAGGAGGAACUGCAUGUUUGUAAUAUUAGUUUCAAUCCAGUAGCACCAACAAGCAUGAUGAAAGCACUGACUCGAAUUGCUACAACAGAGGCCAGUGGGGGUGGAGGUAAAUUUGCUCUUCCUGAUAAAGCAGCGUUGGAACUACUCUGUACUGGGUGCUCGGGGGAUAUCAGAAGUGCCAUUAACAGUCUUCAAUUCUCAGUUCUGAGAGAUUGUCCUUUGCCAAAUGAUUUCUGGUGUAAAAAGAAAGGAAAAACAACGAAAACAGAGAAAACCUCUCGAGGCAAGCCCAAAAAGAAACCCGAAACAGGAGAAUAUACAGAGGGUAUUCAGGCAAUUGGUGGGAAAGAUGCUUCUCUGUUUCUGUUCAGAGCCUUGGGGAAAAUACUUUAUUGUAAACGAGAAGCCAUUCCUGCUGACUCAGAAUAUCUUAAAUUACCUGCACACUUAUCUGAACAUAACAGAGAUCUGCUACUCGUUCUCCCAGAGGCUGUUGUAGAAAAGUCUCACAUGUAUAGUGAGCUUUUCAAUUUAUAUCUCCAUCAAAACUACUUGGAUUUCUUCUCCGAUAUUGAUGAUGUGGUGCGAGCAAGCGAAUAUAUGAGUGCUGCAGAUGUCCUUUCUGGAGACUGGAAUAGCAGGUCCACACUGAAUGUUUACAGCUCGUCGGUUGCCAGCAGAGGAAUCAUACAUUCCAACAGGGCUCGGGCCUUCGCCAAUUGUCAAUCCGGAAUUGGCUUUAGGCCGCUACACAAACCACAGUGGCUCUCAGUUUCCAAAAAGUAUCAGGAAAAUUGCAUUGCUGCCAGAGAACUCUUUUCAAGCUUCUGUUCCUCGCCGUUAUGCCUUCAGACCCAGGUCUUACCAUAUUUAGCAAUGCUCACAAAUCCAUUAAGAAAUCAAGCUCAAAUCUCAUUUAUUCAAGAUGUUGGUCGACUUCCCCUAAAGAAACAUUCUGUAAGAAUGAAGCUUGAAGCUCUUACUGAUAAGGACACAGGGGUCCCAGAUGCUGAGAGCGGCGAAGAAGACGAUCCUACGGACUUACACACUGGGAAAGAAAGGAAUGAACUUUCCAGGUCAAUCUCUAUUAAUGAACAACAUGCAUCUCUGCCAUCUAGUCAGGGGGGAGAAAGUGAACUGUCAUGCAGCCAGCCCCAGCCUGUUGCAGCCCAAGUUGUUAUGGAGGAUGACGAACUCAAGAUAGAGGAAUACGAGAGUGACUGAGAUCUAUCAAAUACAAGAUUCCUGCUGUGUUCUAACAGAACAUAAAUCUGUUUCACAAUGUCUACAAUGUAACACGCCCAGAACCAGUGUGUAAGGACGUCCGAUUUUAUGCUCAAGUUGUACAUUGUUGUUUAUCAUUUGGAUACAAAACCUGGACUUAUCAAGACCCAGUUUGUAUAGUCAAACCUUAUCUGCAUUUUUUGGUUUUUUUAUUUUUUUUUCCUGUGAGAAAUUUCCAUUUGGAUGAGAACUACUGUGUCCAAGCUGCAUAACUGCACACUUGUUAGUACCAGCUGGGUCAAAUAAGAUGUGAAUUCUGAUUUAUGUAAAUUUCUCUAAUGAACUAUUUAAGUAUGUAAAUUAAAACACCUUUUUUUUGUUCCUACCU